AUGUUUUUCCAUCUUGUCUUCACAAUUCCCUUCAAUGUGUCCAUCUUUCUUCCAUAUUUCUUUUCAUUUUUACCUUGUCUUCAAUAUUUCCUUCGUGUUGUCCAUCUUUGUCUUCAUUUUUCCCUCUUCUCCAUAUUUGUCCAUCUUGUCUUCCAUAUUUCCUUUCACCAUCUUGUCUUCAUUCCCUUGUGUCCAUAUUUUUUGUCUGAUUCCAUUUUGAUUUUCACUGUCCCUCUUCCAUGUGUGUCCAUUUGUCUUCCCUAUUUUUUUCAAUUGUUCACCCGUCUUGCUUCCCUUUACCUUCUGUGUCCAUCUUGUCUUCAAUAUUCCCUUCAAUUUGUCCAUCUCCUUCCAUAUUUCUUUUCACUGUUCACCCGUCUUGUCUUCCUAUUUUUUGAUGUGUCCAUCUUUGUCUUCAAUAUUCCCUUCAAUGUGUGUCCAUUUCCUCUUCCAUAUUUACUUUCACUGUCUACCCGUCUUGUCUUUCUUUUUUCCUUCCUAUGUUUGCAUCUUGUCUUCCUUAUUCCCUUCAAUGUGUGUCCAUCUCUGUCUUCCAUAUUUCUUUCACUGUCUCCCCUGUCUUGUCUUCAAUAUUUCUUCGAUGUUUCCAUCUUGUCUUCAAUAUUUGCUUCAAUGUGUGUCCAUCUCCUCUUCCAUAUUUCUUUCACUGUCUCCCGUCUUGUUGCAAUAUUUCCUUCGAUGUGUGUCCAUCUUGACUUUUAUUCCCUUUCAAUUUUGUCCAUCUCUGUCUCCAUAUUUCUUUCACCCUCUUCCUGUCUUGUCUUCAAUAUUUCCUUCCUAUUUUUGUCCAUCUUGUCUUCCCUAUUCCUUCAAUGUGUCCAUCUUUUCUUCCAUAUUUUUUCCACUGUCUACCCCUCUUGUCUUCAAUAUUUCCUUCGAUGUGUGUCCAUCUUGUCUUCAAUAUUCCCUUCAAUGUCCAUCCCAUCCUUUUCUUCCAUAUUUUUUGCUUCUGUCUACCCGUCUUGUCUUCACAUUUCCUUCUGA